AGUUCGUAUGAAUUCGUGGCGGCAGGCGGUCGCGUCUCUCGGUACCUGGCGUAUCGCGUGUUGUGCACGACUUAUUACGAUCUGUAUAUAAAAUUGAGAAAUAUUUUUUUUUUAUCCCCUAUGGGGUACCCUCAAUGGGGUUUUUGACAGUGUUAAAAUAAUUACUUAAUUUUAUUUUUUCGAGUAAAAGACUUGGUUUUAGUGAUUUUAAGUAUUAAGUAUUAGUGGUUCGCAAAGGUGAAGUCGGGAAUUUUGGACAAAUAAAAAUCGCUCUGAUGUGAAAAGGGAACAAAGAUGGACCUUAAAUAUCUGAUCCUAAUGAUUGCCUUCGCUACAGUCGAAAUAAAUGUAACUGAGAGUCGACAGAACGACAAAAGACGAUGGAAGAACGACAAGAUUUACUCACACUACGUUAAUAUUUGUGAUAUACAGGACCGAGGGUCCAAAGUUCAUUGUUACUGCGAGAGUAUAAAGAUAAAAACCGCCACAAAGGCCGAUUGUUGGGUAUUCAACGGCGGGAUAGCUGAAGACGAUCCGUUCUGGUCCAAUUUUUAUUCACAACCAAAAAUAGAAAAGUUAACAUUCAACGUCAGAGCCGACGGCGGAUUGACGUACAUACCCGCAAAAGUGAUCGUUAGGCUGGAACGAUUACAGUACCUCAACAUCCAGUACGCCAACAUCUAUAGUAUACCAUCAUUUGCGUUCACCAACUCCACCACGCUCCGGGAAAUAACCCUGCCGAAGAACAAAAUAGCGAAAUUGGAAAAGAUGUCAUUCGCCCAUCUAAUAAUGCUGUCAAACGUCAGCUUAGUGGAAAAUCAGAUAUCUGAAUUGAAACGGGACGUGUUCUACGUCCUACCCAAUUUGCAGAGGCUGUAUCUGUCGAAGAACAUAAUUAGCGUUCUCCACGACGGAUGUUUCAAACAUCUGAACAAUCUCAUAAAAUUGGACCUCGACAACAAUCAGUUGACAGUUGUCAUUAGGGAAAACUUCCAAGGCCUGUCUAAUCUGAUCACGUUGGAUAUGAGAAACAAUAAAUUAACGAUGAUAGGGGACCUUGCCUUCGCGGAACUUUGGAGCCUUCAAGAACUUUACCUGGACGGCAACGAAAUAGAAUUUAUAUCCGAGAGGGGUUUCGGUGGAUUGACUCAGCUGCGAAAACUUUCGCUGGCCGAUAAUAAGUUGGGGACAUUAGACGACGGCGUGCUCGAUGAUAUUCAAAAGUUGAAUAUUUUGGAUUUGAGGAACAAUAACUUGGAAACAUUGAAACAAGAAGCAGUGCAAAAUGUUUUGGAGAACAUGAAGUCCAAUUAUGCGUUAAUCUCUUUAGACGGCAAUAAGCUGACCUGUGACUGCCGUCUGUCCUGGUUACACAAGCUGCGCAACGAAACGAAAAGCAAACGCGUCAAAGCCUCGCUGUCCCGCCUCAACUGCAUCAUGGACACUAAGACGAACAUAGGUACGUUAAAAAUAGAAAAGCCACAAAAAGCUAUUCAAGGUUCAUACAAAAAGGAGAUUGAUUAUGAAGAAGAUGAAUUCGAAGAGAAGCAUUACGACGAUGCGAUGCAAGACCAAGAAACCGACAAUGAUGAUACUAAAAUUGAGUACAAGAGGAAAUUGCUUGAAAUACCAACGGAGAUGCUUCCUUGUCCGAACCGUUUAAUUUACGAGGCAUCGUUUUCACCACCCACCCAAGACGAGGUCAAGUACUACAAGACUUCAUCAAGCCAUAUGCUAGUAGCAACAACACUGAACGUGCUACUCACCGCACUAGCAAUAUUGUAGCGUACAAAUUGAAAUGUAAAUAAUUCUGUGAUUUUCAUUAUGCAUUUAUUAUUGAGCUUCAUUCAUAUUAUUAAAUUCAUUACACACGUUAUUAUUAAAAUAGACUUGAAUAUUGUGAAUUUUAUUCAUAGUUUGAACUUAAAUUGUAAUUAAUUUUCCAUUUCGAAGUCGAUUGGAAUUGAUUUGCUUUAGUGAGUGCGAUAUUUGCUCACGUGUCUUAUACAAGUGCAAUGCAUAUACGUGACCUGAGUUUAUAGGUACUAGAUAUUAAUACAUAUUUUCUUAUACGUAAGGUCUUUUUUACUAAAUUAGUCUUGUAUAAUCAUCUUUUUCACUGAUUUCUUUAAGUCUUAGAUCUUAGGCUAUGUAUAGGAAUUGAUAGAUUUAGGUGAAUUUGGACCCAAAGAGCUAAUGCUGUAUAUAAAAUACACUCAUGUAAGUCAUAUUUUCUCUGUACAUAACAUUCAUGACCUAAGUAAGUUUUGCAGUAUACUAAGAAUUUUACAUUAUUACAAUUUAUGAAAGAAUGGUAUUUGUUAUUGCAGUUAAGUAUGGUUAAGAGUGUAAGAACAAUGUUGCAUGCUUUGAAUCAAUUUUAAUUAUUUAUCACUUCACCGUAGCAUUAAGGAAUCAGUGUGAACUUAAAUACUUAUUUUAUAUGAACCUCGAGCGCUUUAAUGGCAUGGCAAAGAACAUUAAUUGCGGUGAAUGAAAAUGUAACUUAAGAUUUUGAACAUAAACUAGAAAUUUCAAUGACGAUGUACCGCAGUCUUGAUUUGUACUUACCAUGAUUUUCAUUAGAAUUUCAACCAUUUGAUCAUAUUUUUAAGAGUUUUUUUUUUCAAUUAAUUCGUAAUAAUUAUUUGCUAUGUCAUGUUUCUAAAGCGUGUAGGUCUUAAUUUUAUCUCAAACAUUUGACACAUUUUUAUUAUAAGUGAAUAAUCAUAGAGGCAGCUUGAGGUUGUGAUGGUUAUCAAAAUAAUGCUUUCAAUAACGUUUGUCCACUACAUCACAUCUCUUUUUAAUUAUUUUCUCAUUAUAUUUUACCGAGACUACUCAUAAAAUUAAUACGAAGAAUAUGUUUUAAGUGGUGUAACUAACCUUACUGUUUUAUUGAUAUAAAAAUCAGUCUAUAUUAAAGCUAGUUCAUUGACCUGUAUAUUGUUUCUUGGCAACAAAUGUUCAAAGGCAGCAAUAUGAGUGAUAUUCAUGCUAUCGACGAGUGACUUUCAUUAUAUUUGACCUUGAACUCAUUUAAAAAAUGUUGCCUAGCUAAUAACAGUAAAUAAUAUAUUGCUACUUUAGUCAUAAAUAUCAAAUUGUUGUCUAGUAAACAGACAAUGACAAUGAAAAUAAAUAUUGUUUUAAAUACUGAUUGUUUGGUUGUGUAGUCGCUAGACUGUCGCAGAUUAGGAAUUUGGGUUUGGACACUUCCAGUAUUUUCACAAAAUUGAAAAAGAAAUUAAUAAUACUUUGUCCAAGCCAAAGCUUACUUAGCAGUUGUGCUAAGUUCCUAUAAAAAUCUGGCUUGUUGGUCCAGACAACCAACAAGCCCAACCAACAAGCCAGAUUUUUAUAGGAAUAGAUCUAAUAAUGUCACUGAGUUUAGUCUUACAUCCACUGUUCAGAAAAAAAGUCUACAUGUGAAACUGAGAGACCUGUUUCUUGUCGUUUUCAAACCAAGGAAUUUACUCCAAUCAAUCCAAAAAUAAAUCGUUUAACCCUGACAUGUCAAUAGAAAUUAUAAUUAAUAAAGUUUAUACAUUUCAAUUAAUUAAUCAGCCCUCAACUUUGGGCAAAUCCUUGAAAUAGAAUUCGGUUCGUCACAGACGAUGAUUGAAAAUUGUGUCUCUUCAGCGAUUCCCAUUAAAACCUAAACUUUGUCAAUAGUUUUGAAACGUUUGAUUUCUGAAUAGAUUCGUUAGUUUUUUUUUUCUCUUUCCAUUUUAUUUUCAAAAGACUGUAUUAGACCUAAGAGUUCUUUUUUUAUUGUUGAAGUUUUGAAUUCAUUUUAUCGGGUUACAUUGUUGUAAUAUUGGCAGAAGGUCCAUUCCGAUAUUUAGAUUUUUUCAAACUUUCUGAAACAGUUGCUUUAAAAACAUAUAUUAUUGCAUUAUUAUGCCUUUUUUAUAAUAAGUAUCAUUAGACAUAUUAAAUUAACCAAAAAUCACGGUUCACUCACGUAAAUCGCCGUAGUCGCCGCGUCUGCAUACGCUGCUCAUGGUGAAGAGUCCUUCUGGUGACUCGAAACUAUUAGAGUUUUUCUCCAUUGAGUGAAUUGUGAUUUUUGGUUAAGUAAUUUAUUAUGUUUUUUUUAACAUUAAAUACAUAAGUCGAUGCGGGCUAUUGGACAUUGAUUAAAGCCUAAAUUAAAACGUUAAACUUGGUGACUAACAUGUCUCCAGUACAUUAAUUAAAAAAUCAAAAUAACAAGCAGUUUUAUAGGCUAUUAACCCGUUAUUACUAAAUUGCCUAAAUUGAUUUACAAAUUACUGUAUAUUGAGCCAUCGUAAGACGUAUUUAUUUAUUUAUGCCAUACCAUACUAAUGAAGACAUUAGGUGAUACU